UGCACUUAAGAUAAAUGAAAUUUUCACACGAGGGAAUGAAAGCGUGGAAAGGAACGAUGCUUUCAGUUGUCACUUCCUCACAGUGUUUGCUUCUUAACGUUGGUUUUCCCAAGUCUUCCAUUUUAUUCUUCGAACGAUCAUUAAAAAAACUUAUCUUCAAUUCCCACUUCGAGAAAUAUAGUAAGUACAAUAUCGUUUUAUUUAAAAAAUAACAAUAAUAAUAAUAAUCACCCAUAAUAACCCGCAUUCUUUUAGAAAUUAUUCGCUCGAGGAAUGUUGCAAAAAUGACCAUGAUUCUACCGUUAUACCUGUUAACCCUUCAACAAAUGAAUUAUCCGUACCAUUUACCGAUCAUCGAACGAUCCGUCAAAGAUCUUCUCGACACGAGCCAAUUUUUGAACGUCCUAUUCGUCGUUCAAAAUUCUCUCGGCCGUGAUCCCUUGGACGAUCUCCAGUUGAUCGACGAGAUCUACAAAACCGUGUCACGCACCAUACCGACGAAUUUCGUUUCCUUCAACGACUCGAUCCCGAUCGAAUUACCGGACAUCGACGCGACCGAGUCUACGCUCAUCUUAUACUCGUACGUGGCGAAAGAUUUCCCUGAUCGCCGUCGAAGAGAGGACAUCGCCCGUUUCAUAGAGCACUGCCAGAACCGGUCCAAAGUAUUGUUGAUAACCAAGCUCGAGGAGAUAAACUGCAACUUCGAGGGAUUUUUAAAACAGAUCUGGUACGACGAGUUGAUCGACAUGACGGUGUUAGAGUUAUCCAACAACUCUCAACUCUCGAUAACCAUGCACGUUCAUCGAUACAACCCUUUCACCAACACGUACGAUCGAACGCCGUACACCCCGACUCUCGACUGGUUCCCCAACAAGUUGAUCGAUCUUCACGGCCACCCGUUUCGCGCUACCAUUUUGGAACGCGAAGGCUACAUAAAUCUGACGGUCGACUCUCGAUCCUGUCCUAUCUCGUACAAGGGUCCCGACGUGAAACUCCUUCACACGCUUGCACGCAUCAUGAACUUCACGAUCGUGAUGCUGCCCAACAACGACGCCCUUACGAGCCUGAUGGACGGCGAUCUGGACAUCAUAAUACCGAAGCUACCGUUAUUCCCCGAUCCGCGUUUCGACCUGUUGGACCACACGUUGCCGUUCGAGUACGAGAAGUGGUGUCCAGUCGUACCGAUCACGUACCAAGUGAACACCAUCGAGUCACGAGCUUUCGCAGCUAUAAUCGCGAAUAUAGUGAUCCUUCUCGCGUUCUGGGCAAUAUCGGCUCUGUUGAGGUUCGAGAAGAGGUUGUGGCAACCGUUGAAGAUAUUCGGGAUCUUGAUCGCGACGAGCGUCUCGAUGAAGCCGGACAGAACGUUGGAGAGGAUCGUGUUCUUCCUGAUUGUAUUGGCGUCCGUCAUGUACUCGGCCAAUCUUUACGUCGACUUGACGAGCGUAAGCAUGGCGGACACGAUGGAGACCGAGUACAAGAGUUACAAAGAUCUGGACGAAUCCGGAUUGACGCCUGUCGUCCUCCACAUGAUAUUCAACGUCACCUUCUUCACCGACGACCAGGCAUUCAACUCGUUGAAGAGGAAGGCGAUCGCCGACGAGGACAUGGAAAAUUGCACCGACGUUCUGUCCAGAUACAGAAACGUUACCUGUUUCAUGGAGUUGAGAGGGAUAAACGCGUUGAUUUACUCCCAAGCGAAGAGGGAUUCGGCUACUAUGAAGGUGUGCAGAAAUUUGUGCUACGCAAAACCUCACGCGACUUACUUUCUAAGGAAGCACUCGCCGUUCAGGAGUAAAUUCGAUACGAUCAUAUCGAGGUUGGAGGCGGCAGGUAUUCGCAAGAAGUGGCACUACGAUUUCGUAGGGAAAUUUUUUCCAAAAAAGGCGCGUCCUGUUAAUCGAAAUUUGUACGAAUCGUCGCUCGUCUGGAAUCUGGUUUACGUAGGGGUGAUUGGAUUCUUGUCGUCAAUCGUGGCGUUUUUUUGCGAAAUUCUCGUGUACCACGCGCACAAAAGAAGGAAAAAUGAUCGAACGUGAAACUAUAUAUAUAUAUAUAUUAGUGUGUAUCGAUGUGUUUUCGCGUUUUUUAAAAUUAAAAAGUUAAUCGAUGUAUAAAGAAAUCGCUUUGUAGGGUUUCUAUAGGGACGAUCUAUCGAUUAAAAUAUUACGUGCAAAUAUAGUAUAGGCUGUGAUCUUUUUGAAAUGAUAAAUCUACGCUUCGAACAAUUUUCGUUGCAUCGUUUAUCAGAUUUAUCACGUUUGAUAUUACAAAUUUCAUCUAUCAUCUUCUUAUAUUUUAAAAUAAUUUCCAGUUAUUCUAAUAUAUUGUUAGAAGCAAUCGACAGGCGAAAUGUCAGUUGAAAUAAUUCGAUAUUGGAGCGGAUUGAAAUUCUGAAAAGGAACCCGAAGCUUCGCCCCAAUCCAAUAAUAAAUUGGAAACCACAAAGCGGAAAAUUUGUCGAUUUUCUUCCUUUUUUAAUUGAUCCAUCGGCUAGAAGCGUUUAAAAUAACUUGGAAAGUUAUGGAGAAGUGAAAAAUUUAAGAAUCAAAGGUGGG